CAUAAUAAGAUUCAGGGAAGGCCGGCUCAGUGAGGGGGAGAAAAAAAAUCAUGCGACGUCAUAUUGGUGCCAUGAAUAUUCCAGCGCUACCUGCCAUAUUGGAGCUGGUGGGGAUGCUGUAGUCACCGUUCUGUUAGGGAUUAACAUGAGUAUUUUAUUUCUUUGAAAUUCAGGAUUCUUGUAGGUCCGGGGGGGACGGACAGACUCUCAUAAUGGACAGGGUAUCCCUUGUGUUCAUUCUAGUGUUAGGAUCGCUGCUAGCUGACCAAGGCUGUAGUUCUGGAGCCUCGCUCAACCCUUUCCCGCUAGGCACCAUAGGAUGUCUUGUAUCUGACGUCUGCGGAAGUGACGAAAUUUGCACCAAUGACUUGCUGUUCGGCAGCUGCCAGACUGUCUUUACCCGAGCCCUGAAGGGAGAGAACAAGUUUGAGCUGGAGACGAGCCAGAUCGAGCGCCUGGAGGACGAGAUCCGGCGCCUGAUCGAGGCGGGCUUCACGUGGAAGGACGCCUUCACCCAGUGCACGCUCCAGAACGCCCUGCUCGCCUUCAGUCGGGGGCGGAGCUUCAACCGACGCCUGUGUGAGGCCGCGCUGGUUGACGCUGGGGACGGGCCUGACGUCAACGGGGAGAUUGCUAACGUCCUGCUCAACCUUUUGGAAUCCGGCAAGGUCGAUGAUCUUCCCCAGAACGAUGAUCAGGGUGAUGAUGAGUACGAUGUUGACGGGCUUGUCAACUCGAAUAAAAGAGAUGAGAUUGUCCAAGUCCACAAAUAUUUCGACAAGUCCACCGGUCUGUUCAAGCGGAACCUGUACUAUAAGACCCCGUACAGGUACCUCGACCUCAACGAUCUACCCGAGACAGAGUAUCAACAAGAGCCCACCUACAGAAAUCUACAAACAGAAAGCGUGUCCCCUCUUCUAGAAGAUUCCACCAACUUGUCUGAUAACGAUAUUAUCGACCCCAACUUAGACGACAUUAAAGAUGAAGACGCAAUGAGCCUGCUCUUUGAUGACCUUGUCCUAUCUCCUGAAGACAAGUUGACCUUGGAAAAUCUGCUAAAAGGUACCAUCCUACCCACCGACCUCAGCCCACAACAACAAAGACGUCUGCAGAAAGUUGUAGAGGUCAUCAUUCGCUUACUCGAGUUCAAGGACAAUUCAUUAACCCCUACGGAAGGUCAAGCCCCAGCCUCUGAUGACGACAUAGACGCCCUGUCACCUAGCAAACUACUUCUAGCAGAACCGGAAACCCGCCCCCUUCUGUCGCAUGACGUCAUCGAGCCCCGCCAGGGGGAGCUACUGGGGGAACCCCAGCAGGAGAAGCAACUCUUGAAGGCAGCCGUGGACAACUCUGAGCUCGAGCUUGACAAGAAAACUAUUGACACCGAUGAUAAACUAGAGAAAGAACCAAGCGACGACAAACCAUCGAGCACUGUUCAACCCAACGAGGAGGGACAGAACGGUGAUGCUGCCAGUAAAGCGAGAGCUGUGGACUCCCACUCCAUGUACCUGCAGCUGUCCAAAGAGGUGAGCACUCCAGUUGGACUACAGUUUGUUCAGAACAUGACUGAGAUUCUCAAGCUACCGCCGGGCCUCAUCUUCCUGGUCCAAGUCGGGCCAGGCCGCAUGGUCAGUCUAAACGUCAACACCGACCCCAAGGGCACGUGGGACGCCGAGAAAAUAGCCAAGGAAGCUCAAAAUGUCAACGAAGAUCUUGUCAAGGCCACAGGGAUAAGCAUAGAGGGAGCAGGUGUUGGACGUGAUGGCAACCGUGUGGAGGUGAAGCAGAACAACCGUUACGUGGUGCUGACGUUCAUCCUUGUGGGUACCAUCGCUGGCGUCGUGCUGGCUGUGGUCACCAUCUACCUCAUCAAGCGACAUGCCAGGUCCAAGCAGAAGCUGUCCCAACUGGCAACCAACGCCGAUGGAAACGAGGCGUCCAAAGACUACCAGGAUCUCUGCCGACAACGCAUGCAGGGCAAAAGCUCCGAGAAACCAGAACCCUUGCACGCCGCCUCCCGUAUCGGCAGCGUCUCAGAGACCCAAGUCAGGAGCCCCUCCAGCCGGAGCAGCACAUCCUCCUGGAGCGAGGAGCCAGCGGCCACCAACAUGGACAUUUCUACUGGCCACAUUGUCCUGUCCUACAUGGAGGACCACCUGAAGAACCAGGACCGUCUGGACAGAGAGUGGGAGGCGGUCAGCAGCUACGUCGCUGACCCCUCCAGCACCAAGAUGGCAACAGACCAAUCCAACACACGCAAGAACCGGUUCGCUGACGUUCUGCCGUAUGACCACUCCCGCGUCAUCCUGUCCUCCAACGCCAACGUCUCCAACUCCGACUACAUCAACGCCAGUUUUAUCACUGACCAUGACCCCCGUAACCCGGCCUACAUCUGUACCCAAGGACCACUACCCCACACUGUUGCAGAUUUCUGGCAGAUGAUCUGGGAGCAGGGGUCAGUUGUGAUUGUCAUGCUGACCAAACUAGCUGAAAACGGAAGCAGCUUAUGCCACCGAUACUGGCCAGAAGAGGGCAGCGACCUGUACCACAUAUACGAGGUCCACCUGGUCUCAGAACACAUCUGGUGUGACGACUACCUGGUGCGCAGCUUCUACCUGAAGAACCUCCAGACCAACGAGACCCGCACCGUGACCCAGUUCCACUUCCUGACCUGGCCUGACCUCUCGGUUCCUGCCUCCAUCAAAGCUCUGCUUGACUUCAGACGUAAAGUGAACAAGUCGUUCCGUGGACGGUCAUGUCCUAUUGUUGUCCACUGCAGUGAUGGGUGCGGACGUUCAGGCACUUACUGCCUCAUCGACAUGGUUCUCAAUAAAAUGGCCAAAGGAGCUAAAGAAAUCGAUAUGGCGGCAACUCUUGAACACAUCAGGGACCAGCGCAUGACCAUGGUGAAGACUAAGGAACAAUUCCAGUUUUCCCUGGCCGCCGUGGCUGAAGAGGUCCAUGCCAUUCUAAAGGCACUGCCCCAGUAGACCAGUGCCAGACAUCCCUCUUGUUAUUUUCCAUGACAUCACUGACUGGCCCAACCCACUCCCUGGAAACUGUGCGGAGCUACUGUACCUGAUAUUUCAACUGUGUUACAUCCUGUGAACCAGAGUCAACACCCUUGUUUCUCCUGCUCCUUAUACUAGUUCAGUUGAAUGAAAAAUGAUGACGAAAAUAUUUUUGUGAUUUUUACUUUCUCGGGAUCAUUCAGUCCCUUGUUGUUUUCCAAAGUCAUAUCUGUGGUCAUAAAUAUUGAUAGCUUAUUUAUUGUGGAUAAGUUGUGAAAAUAUUGGCGUAUUUUAUUCUACAUGUUCUUUAAUAUUAUUGUUCGGUAUAGCUUCAAACACUAUUUUUUAAAUAUUUUCCAGAGUUACUUAAAAACCAUAGAGCAUUAUCUCGAUUUCAUGUAAGGUUCAGUUUAGUUUUUAAAAGUAACUAAUUUCUAAACAAUAUUUUUCAUUCAACCACUAAUUUUUAAUGUUGUUGCAAUGUUCGGGGAAAUGCAAUAAAAUAUAACUACACUUUAAAAAGAUAUUACUUUUAGCAUUUCAGAAACAUAAAGCAAGUUAUUGGGGUUUUUUUUUUAAGUUUGAGAUUUAAUCAUUAAGAAACUGUUUUGAAUAGUACAUUUAAAAGAUACAGCUUUAACUGUUAAAAUUAUUUUGUUCUUUAUACCUCUUUUUAAAAAAAAUAGUAUAUUUUAUUAUCACUUUAAUUAGUCUGGCCUUAAUAUAAGAUAUUUAAAAUAUUUUACGUUUUCCUAAACUGAGAAAAUAACUGCGGAUUUGAACUCUAUGGUCCUUCAGUCUGGUAGGGUCAAUAUUUUAAUUGUAUUUCUGAGAACUAAAAAAAGAAUUAAUUCUGUUUAAAUUUGUUUCUACCUCAUAUUUGAAAUCUUUAUUGUUGUCAAGUAAUGGCCGACAUACAAAUAUUACUUAAAAACUUUUUAAACAUAAUUAUAUUUUAUGCAAAGACCUCUUUAUUUAAAUUAUAAUUUCAGAAAACAAUUUUUUAAACCUUAACAAAUUAUCUAAUUAUUUUAAAAAUCAAUCUGAAAAACCAGAUUAAAAAUUAUAAUUUCUUAAUGGAAUGUAAAAAAAUACUUUAAUAAUUUUUAAUUAAUCCAUUUUCUAAUGCUCAUUAGUUAAAGCUAUGGACAAUCAAUACUUAUUUUCAAUAACAUUCUGUUCGAAAUAAACAUUUGUUUUAAGAGAAAAUAAUAAAAAUUAUGAAAGAAUAACUAGAAGAUAUGUUAACUUAUGACCAGAUAGUAGAAAAUAAAACAAAUUCUUAUUAAUCUAUAAUAUUGCCUAUUUAGAUUAAUCGAAUUUAAUAUUUUUAAGUGCAAAAUUUUUAUCCAAACCAAUUUUAACUGUUUUAAAGAAUAUGGACCAUAUAUAAUACAUAGAGCCAGAGUAUAAACUAAGAAAGCUCAGUAAACUUCACAGGUAAUGUUAAUUAUGUUUUAAAAGUAAUUAUUUGCUUAAAUGUGCAUUGUACAUUAGCUGUGAUCCCCCAAAAAAUUUGUUUUUUUCCCCAACGUAUGUGAUACUACAACUUUUGUGAACAAAAACAAAACCUGGUUAAUAAAGUUGUGUUCCCUGUUUUACCUAUCUGCCUAUGUAUUGAAAAAUGCAUGUUUUACAAUUCCCCACGUACUGUGAAUAUCUCAAUCUGUACGGAGACCUGUUGACCAAGAUAAUUUAACACGGUUAUGUUUGUAAACAGUUUGAGUGAGAAAAGUUCUAAGACUUAUCCUAAUUGGCAUGGCAACACCUGAGAAUCGAGACAAACAUGAUCCAUAAAAAAAUCCUACCGGCACUUCAUCAACCAAUCACCAACUUGAACUCCCAGGUCAAGUGAACAUUACUGUAAUGUUGUUUUGACUGCUAGAACCACAGCUAGAAGAACAAAAACUGUCUCAAAGUGAAAUAAAAGUCUAAUCUGCAAU